CAAAUAUCCUUAAGCGUAAUGCUGUUUAAAGUGCUGUGAGACUGAGUGUGUUUCCCACUGUUAUCAGUGAGGCUGUAACUGUCAUGGUGUCAUGCAGCAGAGCCGGAGCCGGAGCCAGAGCUGGCGCCAGCGGCUGGAGCAGCAAAGGAGUCAGGGCUGGAGAGCGGAAAAGAGGAUCCCCCCACCACAACUAAAGGCAAAGUGUCCAGGACGUCUGCUCUGUUCCCACAGUGACAUGUCAGACCCUGAAAUGGGAUGGAUGCCUGAGCCCCCAGCCAUGACGCUGGGGGCCUCCCGGGUGGAGCUGCGCGUGUCCUGCCAUGGCCUCUUGGACCGAGACACACUUGCAAAGCCCCAUCCUUGCGUGCUGCUCAAGCUGUAUUCUGAUGAGCAGUGGGUGGAGGUGGCGCGUACAGAGGUACUUCGUUCCUCCUCUAACCCUGUCUUCUCCCGAGUGCUGGCUCUCGAGUACUUUUUUGAGGAGAAGCAGCCUUUGCAAUUCCAUGUGUUUGAUGCUGAAGAUGGAGCUACCAGCCCCAGUAAUGACACCUUCCUUGGCUCUACGGAGUGCACCUUGGGCCAGAUCGUAUCUCAGACCAAGGUCACUAAGUCCUUACUGCUAAAGAACGGGAAGACUGCAGGCAAGUCUACAAUUACGAUCGUAGCUGAGGAGGUAUCAGGUACCAACGACUAUGUGCAGCUUACCUUCAGAGCCCACAAGCUGGACAACAAGGAUCUGUUCAGCAAGUCUGACCCUUUCAUGGAGAUCUACAAGACCAAUGGGGACCAGAAUGACCAGUUGGUUUGGAGGACUGAGGUAGUAAAAAACAACUUGAACCCCAGCUGGGAACCAUUCCGCCUGUCUCUGCACUCUCUAUGCAGCUGUGAUGUCCACCGACCUCUCAAGUUCCUAGUGUAUGACUACGACUCCAGUGGGAAGCAUGACUUCAUCGGCGAGUUCACCAGCACAUUCCAGGAGAUGCAGGAAGGGACAGCAGACCCUGGGCAGGAGAUGCAGUGGGACUGUAUCAACCCCAAGUAUCGGGACAAGAAGAAGAAUUACAAGAGCUCAGGGACAGUAGUGCUGGCCCAGUGCACGGUGGAAAAAGUGCACACCUUCCUGGAUUACAUCAUGGGUGGCUGCCAAAUCAGCUUCACGGUAGCCAUCGAUUUUACUGCCUCCAAUGGGGACCCAAGAAGCAGCCAGUCCCUUCACUGCCUCAGCCCCCGGCAGCCCAACCACUACCUGCAGGCCCUGCGCACAGUGGGAGGCAUCUGCCAGGACUAUGAUAGUGAUAAGCGGUUCCCAGCUUUUGGCUUUGGAGCUCGAAUCCCCCCCAACUUUGAGGUGUCCCAUGACUUUGCUAUCAACUUUGACCCAGAAAAUCCAGAAUGUGAAGAGAUCUCAGGGGUCAUCGCCUCCUACCGUCGUUGCCUGCCCCAGAUCCAGCUCUAUGGCCCCACCAACGUGGCCCCCAUCAUCAACCGCGUGGCUGAGCCAGCGCAGCGGGAACAGAGCACUGGCCAAGCCACGAAGUACUCGGUGCUGCUGGUGCUCACGGACGGCGUCGUGAGCGACAUGGCUGAGACCCGCACGGCCAUCGUGCGAGCCUCACGUCUGCCCAUGUCCAUCAUUAUCGUGGGCGUGGGCAACGCUGACUUCUCUGACAUGCGGCUACUGGACGGCGAUGACGGUCCCUUGCGCUGCCCCCGAGGGGUACCCGCAGCCCGUGACAUCGUCCAAUUUGUGCCCUUCCGGGACUUCAAGGAUGCGGCCCCCUCUGCGCUUGCUAAGUGUGUCCUGGCGGAGGUGCCCCGGCAGGUGGUGGAAUACUAUGCUAGCCAGGGCAUCAGCCCCGGGGCUCCCAGACUCUCCACGCCAGCCAUGACCCCCAGUCCUAGCCCAUGAAUGCCUCUCAACAGACCAACACUCCUCAGUCUCUCAGUGCCUGUCCUGACCCGUGUGACUCCAGUGAUCAGUGCCUCUGCCUCUUGGACCAGCUGUGCCCCUUGGGUCCUGGAAGUGAAUGGUGGGUUCUGCCCUCAUCUCUUCAAGCCCCAUAUUCCUCAAUUCUGUGUACCCUCAAUGACUUCCUUCAGUGAUCAUGACUUUAUGGUUGUUAAUAAAGGGAACUAUCCCAGCA